GUACUUGUACUAGUUUCAUACGAGGUUUUAGGUUUAUGCUCCCAGGAGCAACUUGGUAGAAGAAGGCCAAAACAAAACCAAAGUAAACGUAAACAAAAUGCAGAUUCUCGUUCGUCAACUACUUCAGAGAAUUUCGCGCAAACAUGUUAUCUUUCAGCGCGCAUAUUCUACAAAGAAGUUUGUUGAUAUUGGACAACCAACUCCAGCAUCUCACCCUCAGUUAAUGAAGGAAGGUGAGAUUACACCGGGGAUAACAGCUGAGGAAUACAUCUCUAGGAGAAAAAGAUUCUUGGAACUUCUCCCAGAGGGAAGUGUUGCCAUCCUUGCAGCUGCACCUGAAAAGAUGAUGACUGAUGUUGUGCCUUACCCAUAUCGACAAGAUGCUGAUUACUUGUAUAUUACCGGCUGUGAGCAACCUGGUGGUGUGGCCGUUUUGAGUCAUGAAUUUGGUUUAUGCAUGUUCAUGCCAGAAGCAUCAGCUCAUGAUGUUAACUGGAAGGGGCCAACUGCUGGAGUUCAUGCAGCAUUAGAAGUGUUCAAGGCUGAGAAAGCAUAUCCUAUGAGAAAAAUACAGGAGAUUCUUCCAGAUACGAUAUCAAGAUCUUCUAAAUUAUUCCACAAUAGGGAGGCGGCCGUUCAAACAUAAGCACAAUUGGAGGCCUUCCGAGAGGCAGAUUACCAUGGAAAAGUGACAAACCUUUCCAAACUCACCCAUGAAUUGCGUUGGAUAAAAUCACCAGCCGAGCUUAAGUUAAUGAGAGAAUCUGCAUCAAUUGCUUGCCAGGCCCUUUUGCAGACAAUGUUGCAUUCAAAGAUACAUCCUUAUGAGGGCAUGUUAUCAGCAAAGGUUGAAUAUGAAUGCAAAAUGAGAGGUGCCCAGAGAAUGGCAUUUAACCCUGUUGUUGGAGGUGGUCCUAAUGCUGCUGUUAUACAUUAUUCUCGGAAUGAUCAGAAAAUUGAGGAUGGAAAUCUUGUUUUAAUGGAUGUUGGAUGUGAGUUGCAUGGUUAUGUCAGUGAUCUUACUCGUACCUGGCCUCCCUGUGGUAGAUUUUCUCCUGUACAAGAAGAGCUUUAUGAUAUCAUACUACAAACAAACAAGGAAUGUCUGAAUCUUUGCAAGCCUGGUGCUAACCUUCUUGAAAUACAUAACUAUUCAGUUAGAAUGCUGCGGAAAGGACUUAAGGAAAUUGGAGUUUUGUAUAGUGAUAGAACUGAUCACUACAAUGAGCUGAACCCAACUUCUAUAGGUCACUAUCUGGGAAUGGACGUCCAUGAUAGUUCCAUGGUUAGUUAUGAUCGUCCUUUGGAGCCUGGAGUUGUGAUAACGAUUGAACCAGGAAUCUACAUCCCACUUUCGUUUGAUGGUCCAGAGAGGUUUCGAGGUAUUGGCAUAAGGAUUGAGGAUGAGGUUCUUAUUACAGAAACAGGCUAUGAGGUUCUUACAGGGUCAUUGCCAAAGGAAAUUAAACAUAUGGAAUCGUUGCUAAAUAAUUUCAGCCACGGAUUUGGAAUGGAGAGGGCGCUGUAACGUGAAAGCUGGAAAAUUCAGGAAGAGUGAAUUAUUGGUGAAAGAAAUUUACUUAUACAAGCAUCUAUCUU